AGAGAAUAAAUAAAUAAAUAAAUACGGUGCGUGAUUAACUCGACGGAUGAGAUCAAUACUUCUACUCUGGUCCAGUUUAGUUUUUGUUGGGACCAAUUCGAGACGGAUGCAUAUUUUUUUUCUUUUCCAAUGUGGCCUCGAUAAUGGUAGAUGUCACUUCAAUUCUACUGUCUUAGAUGCUGCAGGGACAUCCUUGCGUCAAGAUGGGGAACUUCCUCGGAGAAGGUCGAUGCUUUUUCCUGGGGAGCGCCAACAGUCAGGUGCUUCUUUUUUUGCCACUGCAACACGCAGUUAGCCUAGAUAGACAACCGGGGAGAUAGAGAACGGCCAUUCAAUUUGCAAGAUUCUCGGUUCUGCCGGGAGAAAAUACGUUGAACAAUCCAAUAGCAAACAAAACUUUCUAAUUGGGG